AUGGAGAGCAAGAUCAAGGAGCUACGGGGCAUCCUCAAGGACUCUGCAGCCGCGCAGCGCGCCGCCGACCCGCGCGAGAUUGCGAUGCAGCACGCGCGUGUGGUGCAGCACCGCAAGGACCUCGAGGCCGAGAUCCUCGACAGCCUCAUCCUGCUAUCCGAGUACCCUCUGGUGCGGGGGCCCUCGUACAACGCGUCGCGGCCGGCCUCGUCCGACGCGGCCGGCUUCCAGACGCUCGUGCGGCUGUUCCAGCCGUCCGACUACGACGACCUCAUCGAGGAGCGGCACGUCAACGGCCUGUGCGGGUACACGCUGUGCGCGCGGCCGCACCGCGACACGGGGCCCGGCGGCGAGUGGACGAUUACGCGCGGCGGGCACAUUGUCAAGCGCAGGGACGUGGAGCGCUGGUGCUCGCAGGCGUGCGCGCGCCGCGCCCUCUACGUCAAGGUGCAGCUCAGCGAGACGGCCGCGUGGGAGCGCGCGGGCAUCGCCGAGAUUCGCAUCGACCUGCUCGACGAGGGCCGCUUCGACAAGGCCGACGACGUGGACGCCGCGGCCGGCAUGCUGGCCAAUCUGCAGAUUGAGGAGCAGGAGCGCAGGAGCAGGGACGCGGCAGCGGCGCUGGCGCUCGAGAGGGGGGACCGGCCGGAGGGGGCUGGUGGGAAGCAGAGGGUGCAGGUGUCGCUGAAGGAGAGGGAGACGCAGAUGCCGGAUGUUGAGAAUUUGCACAUUGGCGACGGCGACGACGACCAUUUGCUUGUUGAAGGCCACAGAGUCGACUUGGGGGAGUCUGCCUACCGAUGA